UACGUAAUAGAAUACCAAGUCAAAAUCGUCUUCAAAGUGACAGAAAGUAAAUAAUAAACUACGUAAAUAUUGUUUGCUUUUUUACACAGCAGUACCUUAAAGCAGCUUCGUCGUGUGUGCUUAAUAUUUUGGUACUUGAAAAAGGGAUAUUGUAUUUUGAUUAUGAUGAUUAUGUGAUGCUGUCUUAUUAUUUGCAAUCGCGUGAAAGUAACUGACAUUCAUAUCGGUGCAGGCAGUAUAUUUGUGAAAAAUUGGUUGAGGUUUGGUUAAUUAUUUUAACUCAGCUAUGGAGAUCAAUUUGGGUGCAGAUACUUCUGGUUUGUACACAUUGGAAACAGUUACAGGGGAAGGUGAUUCAAGUAAGGAGAGUGGAGAUAGUGACCGUGAUUUUGAAGAGAAACCUGGUAAAUUCAAGGAAGGUAAACUUGGAGCCAAAAAGAAAGAUAAAGAAGACAAAGAAAAAGACAAGAAAAAGGAUAAAGAUAAAGGUUACGCAGCUUUGGAUGGAGAAAGUUCACCAGAAGAAUCAGAAAUGGAAGUGAAGAGUCCCUUCAAAGGGAAAAAACGUUCGUUCAAGUUUUCCAGUCGAAAAGAAAAGAAGAGCAAAGAGGAUGAGAAAGAAAAGAAAAAGGACAAAGAUCGAAAAUUGUCCAAGGAAAGUGACGUUUCUCCAAAAGAAUUAAGAGAUGAAACCAGCAAACAAGACAAAUCUGACAAGAAGAAAGAAAAAAAAGAAAAAGAGAAAGAAAAAGAAAAAGAGACAAAAGUCAAAGAGAAAGAAACUAAGGUGAAGGAUAAAGAAAAGGAUGCAAAAGGCAAAGAUAUAAAAAACAAACUGAAAAUCAAAGACAAGAUUAAGAAAAUCAAGCCUCACACUUCCCUUGAAGAUGAUUUGCCUGUUUUUGGCGUGCCUUUAGAGCUAGCCGUUCAAAGAAGUCGUUGUCAUGAUGGUAUAGAUUUACCUGUUGUAGUUCGUUGUUGUAUCGACUAUAUCGAAGAGCACGGGUUGCAGCAAGAAGGAAUUUUCCGUAGUUCCGGCCUCAAGACCCGUGUAGUUGAAAUGCGACGUGCGUACAACAACAGAGAAAAUGUUUUGUUAAAAGACGUCGAUCCUCCAAUUAUAGCAAGUCUUUUGAAGCAGUAUUUACGGGAACUGCCCGAUAAUAUUUUGACUAAUGAACUUUUGUCUAAAUUUGAAGAUGCCUCUUCCAUUAAAGAUAGUCAACUGCAAGAAGAGACUUUUAGCGGUCUAAUCCGGCAAUUGCCAGUAUACAAUAAAACUUUGUUAUCCUGGUUGAUGGUGCUCAUGGAACACGUUAUAGAAAAGGAGCGAUUUAAUAAGAUGAACGUGCAAAAUCUUAGCAUCGUUCUGUGCCCAACGCUGAACUUGACUCACCGUGUCUUGGGGUGCCUUUUCGCAUAUAGUCGGUCACUUUUUGCAGGCACUCAGAUAAUAAAGUACAUCCCACCUCUAUCGGGCGUUGGGGUUAGUUUACCCGAUGACUUGGAGGCUAUGGCAACUGAGCUGAAGAAACAAGAAUCCCUGUUGGCACAGAUCCAUGGCGAGAUGAGUGUCGGUUCUGUGGCGAAACACCGUGAGGAACAGCUUUGGGAAGCACAACGAAUCGUUACGCAACUCAAAAGACAAUUAAAACACCAAGCACCGACUACUGUUACUUCUGCCCCUACUGCGUCCCAGAAUGCGCCUACAGGAGCUGGAAAACCACAGGAUUUGCAAGAUGCAGGAUCAAGCGGGCACGACGUUGAGUUACGACUGGAGCUGGCUCUUCCUACAAAGAUAUCUGCCGAAGAGGCCGCUCAGUUGGCUGAAUCUGGAACUGCUGAUCCUGAAUCUUGCAACGAAAAGGACAUUGUUGAGCAGGAACAGGAUUCACAGAAAUGUCAGACGCUUCAUGUCGACGUUCACGAACAAGAUUCUGAUAGCAUUCCAGAAGAGCCCUCGCCCGUAGAACCAACAGAAGUUUCUAAUCAUGUUACAGUCAUUGAAAUUAGUGGUCUUCCGACGGAAUCAAAUCUAUCCGAUAAAAAUGGCGUGUGGAAGGCUGCAAAAUUUGAAACACCGUUAACGACUGAACAAGAACUGGAGCUGCUCCUCAUGAUUGAAAAUCAUGAACGAGAAAAGAUUAUCGAAAAGCUCGCUGAAGCCAUCGAGAAGGAGCGCAAGUCUGUGGAAAGACUACAGGAAAUUCUAGCAGAAAAUACAACAUCAUGGAGUGACAGCUCUGAAGAUGAUGAAGGUCUUGAUAUAGGUGAAGAAGAACAAGAACAGCUUUUAGCUGAAGUGCUGCGUGAAAACCGUCAAUUAGAGGAACAGAACAUGUUGCUGCAAAAUCAAAUCGAAGAAGUGGGAGAGGCAUGCUUAAAGUUUAGAGCUCAGCUGCGAUUACGCGAGGAAAGGACAAAAUUACUGACUGGUGGAAACGGAAUUAUCACUUAAAUCUUUUCGCUGUAUAAUCAGUGAAUUGUCACUUUUGUCCUAUUGCUUGUCGUUUUUGUUCAAAUAAAUGCUUUUAAAAA